AUGCAAUUACCACCCAACAUGGACAGUCCAGAAUAUGUGUCUGACGCAGAUGAGAUUUCGCGCGAUAUGAAAGAAAAGCUGAGAAUUGAAAACGGAGGUGCAAAUGGCACUACGUUUUCCAAAGGCGGGCCAGAUGCUGGCUUUCAAUCACAGACUCCUCGCCAUUCCAGAUUUCCCGCUCCUGGUUUGAAUGACAGAAACCACCAUGGAAGAUUCGAGCAUGAGCACCCUCAAACGGAAUUUGAGCGUGGGUAUCACCGUCGAGGCUUGCACGACCAAUUCGAAGACAGGUACAGAGACAGGAUGUGUGGUGGAGUGCAUGGCGGAUGGCGCGAUGCAUUCCGUGGAUGGGGUCGCGGAAAUCGCGGUGCCAGAAGAGACACGCCCCAUGUUGUGCACCAUGUGCACCAUCACGAACACGCCGCCAACCCAUUCUUUGAUCGCUUUUCCGGCGCUCCAGGGUUCGGUGGGGCGCUCUUGGAUAGGUCCUUCCCGUUUUCAGAUCGAGAACGGGGCCCACACUGUCACGGUGGCCGUCAUGGUGGACGUCACGGUGACCGGCACGGCGACCGACACGGUCGUCGCCAUGACCCAGGUCCAUACUUCCCUCAACAUGAACAGUUUGGGUAUCCAAGAGAAUUCAUGAACUACCCUGGUCCUGCACCCUACGAUCCACGAUAUGCCAGGUACGACCACCCCCCUUAUUACUGA